AUGUUCGCGGAGAUAAACCGGCGGACUCUCGCGUUCCGCGGCGGCGGCCUCGUCACCCCCGCGGCGGCCGCGUCGGCGGCGGGAACCGAGGCCUGGGAGCGGCAGGACCCCGAGGCGCUGAACGGGCGCGGGGCGGACGAGGAGGCGGAGUUGGAGGGGCUGGAGGCCGAGGAGCUGGAGGCCACCGCCGCCGAGGAGAAGGAGCUGCUGCUGCCCCAGGACGCGGCGUCGCCCCCCGCCGCCGCCGCCGGCCCUAUGUUUGCCGAGAGGAACCGCCGGACUCUGGCCUUCCGCGGCGGCGGGGGGCUGCUGGCCGCCCACCCCGCCGCCAACAAUGGCUGCGAGGCCGCGGCCUGGCCGCGGAAGCAUUUCAAUGGGCGGGGGGCGGACGAGGAGAUGGAGCUGGAGGGCGCGGAGGGACUGGAGACGGAGGGGCUGCUGGAGGGCAAGGAGCUGGUCCAGGACGGGGGUUCGCUGAGUGACAGCAGCGACGACGAGGAGGACGGCGAAGGGGGCAGCCUGGGCGACGGCAGCGGCGCCGAGGGCGGCAGCUGCAGCAGCAGCCGGCGAUCGGGGGGCGACGGCGGGGACGAGGCGGAGGGCAGUGGCGAGGGGGAGAGCAUCCGGCACUUCCCGCUGGCCAGGCCCAAGUCCCUGCUGCAGAAGCUGCACAUCUCCUUCCAGGGCUCCUGGCUCAAGGAGUUUCCGUGGCUCUACUACUGCCAGGAGACCGGCCUCAUGUCCUGCGCCUGGUGCACCGCGGCCAUCGCCGCUGCUGCGCCCCCCGAGCUGAUCAUGUCCGGCGCGCCCCUGCCCGGGGGGCACGACGAGCUCUGCAAGGGCACCCGCAACUACAAGCGCACCCUGCUCCUGCGGCACCACCUCUCCGCCGAGCAUCGCCUCAACGAGCCCGGCAGCACCGAGCAGGAAGCAGAGUUACCAUCAGAACUGAAUAAUGAAGGAUACUGUGAUUUUAACAGCAGGCCAAAUGAAAACUCUUACUGCUAUCAGCUCCUGCAAGAGCUCAACGAGCAGAGGAAGAAAGGCAUUCUUUGUGAUGUUAAUAUUGUGGUGAGUGGGAGGGUCUUCAGAGCUCACAAGAACAUCCUGGUUGCAGGCAGCCGCUUCUUUAAGACUCUGUAUUGCUUUACAAACAAAGAAAGCCGUAACCAAACCACUGUUACCUAUUUAGACGUUGUUGCUGUUCAAGGUUUUUCUGUCAUCUUGGACUUCUUAUAUUCUGGUAACCUCGUGCUUACGAGCCAAAAUGCCAUUGAAGUGAUGUCGGUGGCCAGCUACCUUCAGAUGACGGAGGUUGUCCAGUCCUGCCGCAACUUCAUUAAAGAUGCCUUAAACAUAAGUAUAAAAUCAGAAGCUCCAGAGACUGUUGUAGUGGAUUACAACAGAAGAUCUGUUAGUAGGGAUGGUUUAUCUCCAAGGGAUCAAAAAGUUGCUAGCUUCUGGGCAACACGAAACCUUACCAACUUGGCAAGUAGCAUAAAAACUGAGAAUGAUCCCUACCCUAUUGAUGAGGGCCAAAUGGAAAGCUACCAAAUGAAUGACUGCAGUUGGGUCCAGGACAGCUCACCUGAAAUGGCUGAAAAUGAAUCUCAAGGUGAAGGAAAAGUUUUCGUGUGGAAUGACAUGGGUGGACAGGGACAAUCAGUUCAAGAACCUGGAAAAGCAAGAAGGAAAAACCAAACUGCAAAGAGAUUUAUUUAUAAUAUACCACCUAAUACUGAAGAGAACUCUGAAGAUUGCUCAGUGUUGCAGCCAUCAGUCCCAUAUCCAGAAGAAGAUUUGUCAUUUAUUAAAGAAGAAGCAGCUACUUCAAGUGACUUCAAGUAUGGACUGUUGCCGGGUACUUCAAAUGACUUCAAGUACGGAUUGCUGCCGGGUACUUCAAGUGACUUCAAGUAUGGGCUGCUACCGGGCACUUCAAGUGAUUUCAAGUAUGGAUUGCUGCCAGAAUCUUGGCCAAAAGAAGCUUGGGAAAAUGGCGAUUCCUCUGCUUUAAUCAUGAACAAGUUGAAGUGUCCACACUGUAAUUAUGUAGCCAAAUACAGAAGAACACUAAAGAGACACUUGCUCAUUCACACAGGCGUGAGAUCUUUCAGUUGUGACAUCUGUGGGAAGCUGUUUACACGAAGAGAGCAUGUAAAGAGACAUUCCUUGGUGCAUAAAAAGGAUAAAAAGUAUAAGUGUAUGGUGUGUAAGAAGAUUUUCAUGCUAGCAGCCAGCGUUGGAAUAAGACAUGGAUCACGACGUUAUGGAGUUUGUGUAGACUGUGCAGACAAAUCUCAGCCUGGAGGGCAAGAGGGAGCAGACCAGGUGCAGGACACAGAUUUCCCCAGGGAUGAAGAAUAUGAAGAAAAUGAAGUGGGAGAAGGCGAUGAGGAGCUUGGUGAUGAUGUAGAAGAACAGAAUGACCAGUCUCGAUGGGAUGAAGGCGGGGAAGUUUGUAUGCCUUUAGAUGACUGACAGAGCAUAUGACUUCAGGGUGCUGCAAAUGGACAUUGUAUGGAUUGACUGUUUGACUUCUUGGACUGAAGGCUUGUGAAAUAUGGUACAGGCUGGAUGGUAGUUACGUUGCUGUGAAAAUGUAGGGUCAAAGCCUUAUAGCAAAAAAAGGAUUAUUAAUUUUUUUAUGAUAUUUGCACAGGACUGUACAGCAUACAACCGUUUGGUUGAAUUAUACAGAGUCCUCACAUCUACAGUCAGUUAUCAAAAGAAAAAUGUAUUUUUUAUUAUUUAUAGGCUAUAGCUACUUGGGUCCUAUUCAGACAUAGUAGUAACUGUAAUUACGUUACACAUUCAUGUUAACAUGAAUGAAGAAAAUUGCAACUUGGUAUGGAAAUACAAAGACAGCUUUCCCAAAUCCACUCGUUCUUUUGUCGGUGAAUCAGCGAAGCUAAUUUGGGCUAGUGGCUCAUUUUCCACAAAGCAUGUCUUUUCCAUACAAACCUUACCUCUCCCGUAAUCUGAUAGGUGAAAGCCAAUCAUUUAAAUAUGUGUCACAGAUAUUGCCAACACCGUAUUGGAAUUUGGGUUGAAAACUUUUGGCUCUGUGCUGGCAGGUGCUAUGGGUGAUAAGCACUGGAGAAGUUGUUAAUGGCAUUAAUUUAGUGUCUGUUUUUAAAGAGGUGGUUGUUGAUUCAUCAGUUUCAAAACGAUAAUGCAGAAGAAAUGACCAAUAAUGAAAAUGAUAGACUGAUCAGAGCAUGGGUAACUCUUGUACCACUUAGUCAAAAGACAGUCAUGCUAUAAAAGGUAUCUGAUGUAAUAAUGUUUCUUCCCUCUUCUAAGGCCCCCUUCUCUCAAAAUUUUUUGGUUUCCCUGGUGUAUACCUCAGUCACACAGAAUGAAAAUACAAGGAAUGGAGAAAGUGUCAUAUUAAAACAACUUUUUGGUCAAUAA